AUGAAUUACAUUCAAACGCACAAGGAAUCUAUCUCGGAUGCUUCUCGGAUUCGGUGGGCCCGUCAGAUCAUUGAAGCUGUGGCGCUUGUCCAUGAGAAGGGCAUCGUCCACGCGGAUCUUGCCCUUAGGCAAUUCUUCUUGGACUCAGAUUUGAAUGCCCGCCUCGGUGACUUUGGAGCAUCUGGAUACCCUGGGCAGGAGGCAUUAGGAAUGGAGGGCGCGAGCCAUUGCUUGCCGAGGAACCCCGAUGAGCCAAACACAUUUGUGUCGGAUCUAUUUGCGCUUGGCUCUACACUUUACGAGCUUGGGGUCGGCGACAUUCCAUAUCGCGGCUUGAAUGAUGAUCUGAUAGAGAAUCUAUAUGCUAAAGGAGAUUUUCCUUUCGUUGUGCACGGAAUCUAG